AUGCGAUUCCCUAAAUCGGUAGCUACUGCUGCCUUUGCGGUAUCAUUCUUUGCCAUGCCAAUCAUUGCUGCAACUACCGCAACAACAGCGGCUACAACAGCUACUUCAGAUCUACCAAACCUUUCGAGUGUGGCAGCCUCGGAAGCUUCUGCCGCCGCAGCAUCAACGAGAACCACAACAUCAAGUGACACAACGUCAACUGGGACAACAACACCACAGUCGAUUGCCGUAAUUACAGGUGGAUCUACAACCACUGGAAAAGCUUCUUCUACGUCCGCCUUACCAACAUUGGCUGGAGCAUAUACAAUCCCAGUGGCUUCCGUUCCUCCAACUUCGAAUGCACCAUAUAUGCGAUCAUCAAGUUAUCCUGAAGGGACAGUUUUUAUUGCAGUGGGCGCAGUUCUUGGAUUUAUGGCAUUGUCUGUUUUGGUUUGGCGUAUGAUGGUUGCUUGGGCUUUACACAGAUCCGUUAAACGCGCCGCCAGUCAACCAAGCCAUGUGGAUAAGAAACAAUUGUUCCAAGGUCCUCCAGCACCAUUCUACAAGUACGCGGACAAGGAAUCGACGCUUUCGCUUGGAGGAGGGUUGGGUGGAAAAAGUGGCAAGAAGAGACCGACGACCGGCAAUGGAACCCAAUCUCAAACAUCUUUAUUCUUCAGUCCUACGGCUCUCGCCGGUGGCAAUACUCCAGGGAAUCGUACAUCGAAUUAUCUUCCAGCCGGAUACUACGCAGCAGGAAAUACAGUUCCAGGUGCGUAUCCUGGUGAUAGACAAAGUAUCAAUAUGUCAAAUCUUACUCCACAAGGGUAUACAACACCUAGUAGCCCUACUCAUGGUACUCAUUUCGAAUCGACUACAUCAGAUUUGAGGCACACCGAUGGAAAUGUAAGGGCACCGAGUGCAUAUUUGCAGGAUCUUUUCGAUGGGGAUAAUUCUCGCCAAGCGCCACAGCAAGGAGGACGCGAUAGACGAUCUACGCGCUACUGA